CAUCACUCAUCACGAGCAAACUGUCGGUUGAUUUUGACUAGGUCGACGAAGGAGAUGAAGUACGAGUACGGGUACGAGUACAAGUACAAGUACUUGCUCUUUCGAGAUUGCACAAAUUCCUGAAUCCGGCCAAUUCCAAGUGCGAUUGGAAUCAGAAGAGCUUCCAAUCUAAGUAGCAAAAGCAACUGAUAUCAGUAAUUAUCAUGGUACGAAAUGCGGACAAUGAAACAACAGAAUGUUUGCAUCCCGUAGCGUUCGCUCGCACAGUAGUUUUUGAGAAUUUAUCUCUUGGAUUCGACUAUGCAGAUUUUGCCAAUUUGCUCCGGAUGAAUUGAAGCAAUUUUGAAAGAAUGUCGGUUUGAAACAUGCCUUAGUGUCAUCUAGCUACGAGAUCUUCCCGAGUCAAAAUGGUGUUCGGCCUGUAAGCGAUGAUAGAAUAAGGCAUCUACACGAAUGGAAAAGGCGCACACAUGCCUCGUACGACAAACCGCAAUUCAUUGCAACACGAUUGGCGUCGACACUAUCAAUGCUGAUGUUGUCACCUUCUUUCUAGCCACUAUCUCAUCGUAACUAACAUUCUUUCAAUUUUUUUGGUUUAUCGAUCCGCCGUGCUCAGCCAAAGGCUUGUUCAGAGGCGGCUCUGUCUUUGUUGAAUUGCAUGGAGGAGUCAAAGUGCUUCAAGGAAGAUAAAAAUAGCGUGUAUGACUGCCUCAAGAAACAAAACGAUGACCCAACUAUGGCUGAUGUCUGCAAAGCCCAGCGCAAUGCGUAUUAUUUGUGCAAGCAUUCUCAGCUCAACAUGCGAACAAGAAUUCGCGGGACGAGGGCAUAUUAAAGGAAGAAGGGACAUGGGUGUGUCCAAUUUGCCGACUAUAGAAUAUUAGAAGGGAUUGAACUAUAAAGCUCAGUUUGGAUA